GCGUGUGUUCCUUUCACCUUCUUCAGACUCUCUUCGGCUGUCCCCUUCGGCCCUUCUCUAUGCCACACAGCCUGUUUAGAAAGGCUGGUCCGGCGGCAGAGCCUGGCGCUGUCCUGAGAAGGAGCGCUUGGUGCGGAAGAGAUGAACCGGACAAAAGGUGAUGAGGAGGAAUAUUGGAACAGCUCCAAGUUCAAGGCGUUCACUUUUGACGAUGAAGAUGAUGAGCUCUCACAGUUAAAGGAAUCCAAACGGGCAGUGAAUAGCCUUCGAGACUUCGUGGAUGACGACGAUGACGAUGACCUGGAGCGAGUCAGCUGGACUGGAGAACCUGUGGGAAGUAUCUCAUGGUCCAUCAAAGAGACUGCUGGGAGUAGCGGGUCAACCUCUGAGGGACGUGAACAGAUGAAGGGCCGGAACAGCUUCUACACACAACUACCCAAACCUCCUUCCACCUACUCCCUGAGCAGCUUCUUUAGAGGCAGAACUAGACCUGGGAGUUUCCAGUCCCUUUCUGAUGCUCUGUCAGACACACCUGCCAAAACUUAUUCUCCAGAGCUGGGGAGGCCUAAGGGAGAGUACAGGGAUUACAGCAAUGACUGGAGCCUCAGUGAUACAGUGCGACGUCUCCGCCAGGGCAAGGUCUGUUCACUAGAGCGCUUCCGCUCCCUCCAGGAUAAGCUGCAGCUCCUAGAGGAGGCCAUAAACAUGCAUGAUGGGAACGUCAUCACUGCAGUUCUGAUCUUCCUGAAGAGGACCCUGAGCAAAGAGAUCCUUUUCCGAGAGCUGGAGGUACGCCAGGUCGCACUGAGACAUCUCAUCCACUUCCUUAAAGAAAUAGGGGACCAAAAGCUGCUUUUAGAUCUCUUCAGGUUCCUAGAUAGAACAGAAGAGCUGGCGCUAUCCCAUUAUCGAGAGCAUUUGAACAUUCAGGACCCUGAAAAACGAAAAGAAUUUCUUAAGACGUGCAUUGGUUUGCCCUUUUCAGCGGAAGACUCUGCACACGUGCAAGACCAGUACACACUGCUGGAGCGCCAGAUCAUCAUCGAGGCCAAUGACCGACACCUGGAGUCUUCAGGGCAGACUGAGAUCUUCCGGAAGCACCCCCGAAAAGCUUCCAUCCUCAACAUGCCACUAGUGACGACACUCUUCUACGCCUGCUUCUAUCACUACACGGAGUCCGAGGGGACCUUCAGCAGUCCAGUCAACCUGAAGAAAACAUUCAAGAUCCCAGACAGACAGUAUGUGCUGACAGCCUUGGCUGCGCGGGCCAAGCUUAGAGCCUGGAAUGAUGUCGAUGCCUUGUUCACCACAAAGAACUGGUUGGGUUACACCAAGAAGAGAGCACCCAUUGGCUUCCAUCGAGUUGUGGAAAUUUUGCACAAGAACAGUGCCCCUGUCCAGAUAUUGCAGGAAUAUGUCAAUCUGGUGGAAGAUGUGGACACAAAGUUGAACUUAGCCACUAAGUUCAAGUGCCAUGAUGUUGUCAUUGAUACUUGCCGAGACCUGAAGGAUCGUCAACAGUUGCUUGCAUACAGGAGCAAAGUAGAUAAAGGAUCUGCUGAGGAAGAGAAAAUCGAUGUCAUCCUCAGCAGCUCGCAAAUUCGAUGGAAGAACUAAGGUUCUUUUGCUACCCUGAAAGCUGCCUCGCUUCUCACUCUUUCUGCCUCUGGAAACAGAGAGCUCUCUUCUUAGGAGAGUCACUGCAUUCUACCACGGGAGCCUAUCGUCCACAGGCAGUGCCUGCUGGUUUGGGGACAGAAACCAGCCUUUGAGCACAUGUAUCUUGAGACUGAUCUGUCCAGGGGACAUCAUCUACAGGCCAGUAGCUAAGGCUUUGAUUCUCAAGAAGGAUGCUCUGCACCGGUGCUGUGGAAAGGUGGGAGCCCAUGGGUAGGAUGUCUCGUGGUCAGAGGAAAGUGACCACUCCACAAGUACAUCUGGACUAAGCCCCAGGCGUCUCAGGAUGGUCGGGACAUUCCUGGUCCUUUCAGCUAUUACUACCCAGAACCUGUGUUGGACAUGCUCAUUUCUGCUCUAAAGGGAGUCAGAACAGAACUAAAGUGACUCUUCAUGGGCCUCAGGAAGGAAUAUCAGUAUUGCUCAGGACCUGCUGGAAACCAGAGUCAAGUUCUCAAGGCACAGGGCCACACAUCUAUGACAGUCACUUCCUAAACAUUGUGUACCUUCAGCCAGCAUCCAUCUGCUGUUCCUGUCAACGUUGUGUAGGGAUGUGUGAGGGAUGUAGGGUCCCUCUCUCACCUGCACACUGUCUGGGUGUGAGCCAUCUGUUUCCAACAUGUCCUCUGCUUCUCUGUCAGAAACAGUUUUACCUGGAAUUCAGAUUCACCAGUGCUGGAGCGCUCUUUUAGACAAAAAUUAUUUCACCAGAAGCAGCCACAAGUCUCACCUGGGCUACUGUAGUAGUACUUCCAUUUAGAUAUCUCCACAGGCCCUGUUGCCCUGCUGAGGACUUGAGCAAUGUUCCAUUUUGCCCCGUGCCUCCCUGAACUGGAUUUUCCCAACGUGUAACAUUCCUAAUAAAACUGUUGUAUUCUU